AUGAGGGGUCAUUCAAACGCAUCGCAAGAUUUCCUGGUCAAGAGAAUCCAGAAGGAAUUAGUCUUGUUCAAUUCGGAUAUUCCUCCCUUCUGCUCGGCACAUCCCGAGUCUGAAAAGAACCUUAAAAAGUGGAAGGCUUUCAUUGAAGGUCCUACUGGAACAGUCUAUGAAGGAGGUAGAUUUGAACUCUCCAUUGUGUUUCCUGAUGAUUACCCUUUUAAAGCUCCCACCAUUAAAUUCAUCACCAAGAUUUAUCACUGCAACAUUUCAAAGAAGGGUAAUAUUUGUGUGGACACUCUCAAAGAUGCAUGGAAUCCAUCUCUUACCAUUUCAAAAGUUUUGUUAAGUAUUGUGAGUUUGUUGAAUGAACCCAAUCCAGAUGAUCCUUUAGAACCAAAAAUUGCAAAAGAGUACAAGGAAGAUCGUCAGCGUCAUGACCAAACUGCUCGAAAAUGGAUACAACAGUAUGCAUCCAACACGAAACCAAAAGAAUAG